AUGCAGUCCUCGCCAUCAGAAGGUAUUUAUGCUUCUUUACAGACACUUCCUUGCUGUUUUUCUCCUAUCCAAAGCCCUCAUGAGCUGCGGACAGAAAACUCUCCCAACUCUCAGCCAGCUAUGAAUCAAGGCCAAGAGCUUACACAUUUAAUUGAACCACAGCUGCAGCACUUGUGGGGGUUUCCGGCUGAACCAUACGUUACUGAGGGACUUGACUCACUCUCUGAUCUGGGUCUUUUCGGUGAUGGAAGUGAUUUUCAGGAUGCCUUGGACAGACUCACAGCCUCAAACGGAGGCAACGAUAAUGUCGAUGGUAGCCUACUACAACACGAUACUACGCUGAACGGCAACACAAUCCCAGCGGCGGAAAAUACGGAAACUCACGGUUACCAACCGUCACUCGACGAACACACGGGCGCCUUAACAGCGGGACUGGAUGAUGGUAAGCAUGUGCUGAAAAGGUCUUUUGAUUGCAUAGAUGAUGCCACGAAUGCCCGUACCGACGACACCUGUGAAACUUCUAAAAGACUGUGCAAAUCACCCUCCAAUACUCCUGGAACCAUUCGAAUUGCAAGUCCUUCGACCCUCUGCGAUGCUACUUCCUGUCACUCUAGCGACGGCUCAAUAGCUUCCUCUCACAAUGGGUCACAUCUUGCUCUACUUCAACGUACGGGCCGCUCAUAUGAGCAGGAGAAUGUAUCGCAAGCUAUAACUGUGGAACGUGCCCUGCGUUCGCCACCCACGCAAUGUAUUCCUGAUGAUAAUUCUCGAAGAGAACGUGAAUCAUCAGUUGACUCUUUGUUUGACGAUGUUGAAGUUCCCGGUGAACCCGUUCCGCCGCCAGUUCCAAUCCAUCAACCGUUGUCUCUUCCUGGAAGGCCCUGUCAUACUGUCUUCUCCUCGAUCCUAUCGCCCCCAGAAUCCCCUCCGGGUGCCGAGCCAGUCUUUCUCAAGCCGUGGGUACGAAAACCAGUAUCAGAAAUUAUAAAAAAAUACAACAAUAUCGGAAGCCAAGAUCUACUCAAUUCCAUGUACAGACAGGUUUUCACUACGCACCGCAAUGCAGAGAAAUAUAUUUCACCCUAUCCUCGCAUGGGUGGACCACUAGGCUAUCUACCGUCGACUCCAGUCGCUCACGUCAAGUGUGUUGAAGUAGCAGACAGCACAGUUAACCACAGAAUCAACCAAUACCGCAGGAUAGCGCAUAGGAUGAGAUAUGAGCGGGAUAAAAUUGCAUGGUUUUCUGCGCAGUGGGGGGACAUUGACCCUGUUACUGGAAAGUCAAAGGCACAACAGAUGAGGGAAGAAUGUACCCUCCUGAAACGGUCGAUAACUUUCAAAAACAAGGCAAUUGAAGAAGCCACAGCUGAUGCGGAACUCUGGCGCAACAAGUUUCGGAACCUUGAAGCUGCCCACCUCAACCUCCUCACGCAGUAUCAUGCCGCAAUCGCUGUAGCCUCCAAGGCUACGGCAGCAAACCUUGCUUCUCAUCAAGGAACAUCCAAGCCUACAACAGUGGCCUCAGAGCCUGCAAGGAUCGAUCUUACUGCCGAAAAACCAGUAACCGCAAAGCCUGCUGUUUCUGCCUUGAACCGUAUGCGUAUGAAGAAGUAUAAUUGGCUGGAUAACAGUCGGCGUUGCCCGGCGCCCCAACCUGCAACCCCGGCUGCUGAGAAUGAGUCUGAACCUGGUCAAGAUGACAAUGACGAGCGUAGCCAGAUGCUUGUGCAGGAACUUGGAGAUUUAAAUUAG